UGUCAUUUAAAAAUCGUAAAUAACUGGAAAUUCGACACAAAAAAGGGUUAUCAUCAGAAACCUCGUUUGAAAAAGUUAAAUAUGAUAGAAAUAACUUGUAAUGAUCGUUUAGGAAAGAAAGUUAGAGUUAAAUGUAAUCCAGAUGAUACGGUUGGAGAUUUAAAAAAACUUAUAGCAGCACAAACAGGUACAAAAUGGGACAAAAUAGUUUUGAAGAAGUGGUACACAACCUUUAAGGAUCACAUUCAAUUGGGAGAUUAUGAGAUCCACGAUGGAAUGAAUAUCGAAUUAUAUUACCAAUAAAAUCAGGGAAGAUCCAGCUCUAAUAUUAAGAUAAUUUAUAUUUACUUUUUAUCAUUUUGUGAAUAAAGCUCUACAAAAAGAU